UGAUUUUAAUACCAUAUACUCUGGCAUUUCUCAUGCUCUCUUUAUACGUCCAAUCACGCUCUUAUUCUUAUUCUCAUUUAUUUAGUGAGAUAUGAACUUGCUUGAAAUAAAAAAAGGUUGCCAAAUAAAUUAAGUUACUAGACAGAGACUUCAUUUUCUUACGUAACCAUAAAGAUGAGAAAGCAAUUUUGCUUAGUCGUACUUCAGUAGAAAUUACAGACAAGCAUAACUAUAACGAUGAGAAAGCAAGCAAAACUUACUCCUUAAAGUCAAUACAGUUUUGCAUUUAUGUUGUUCCAUUUGUUCCCUCCUUGACCUUGAUAGAAUAGACAAACUUUCCCUUGUGGUCACCAUUGUUUUGUCACUAUAAGCUAUUAAUUAAUAACAGCACUUUGUCCUCAGAAGCAUGUAAGUUUUCUAUAUUCAUAUCAUUUGCAUUAACCACUUGCAAAAUGGAAACCUCAUCAGUGCCUCUAGCCAGUGAUAGUUUUUCAUAUAGUUGGUUAUCAAACAAUAAAUCCCCUGUGGAUUAUUGCCUUGAUGAGCCUCUUAGAAAUUCUGUUUCCUCAGAAUGCCAAAACUUCAAUUUUGAUUCCUCUGUCACUCAAUCACAUGUUCUUGUUCAUGCUGAUGAAAUUUUCUGUGAUGGCCUUCUCAAGCCUAUCUUUGUUGACCCUUCCAAACUAGAGUCCUAUUGUGAUACCCCAGAUUUCACUCAAACCAAGCUUAUAAGUUCAAACUUUUCUUCUAGAACUGUUUCUUCAAGAACUAUGAGAAUUCAUCAUGGAAUCCUCACAAGGUUGAGAAAAUCUACAUGGGGAGCCUUGGUAGAAAUUUUCAGGUAUGUCAACCAAUUAAGGCAGAAAGUAAGGAGCUCAAGGAAAAGCACCAGAGUUGAUGAUAUUGGUAAGACAGAUUGGCAGGUUAAAAGCCUGUGCAGUCCACAGAGAGAAUCUCCAAAAGCAAUUAUUGGUGAUUUGCAUGAUCAUGAAAACUCAAUUUAUGAAGCUGUCCUCCAUUGCAAAAGAUCAAUAGGAAAUUGAUCCUUUCUCAGGUAAAAGGAAGAGAAUUGUUGAAAGAGGAAGUGUUGAGCUCCUAGAAACAUGUGGUGGCCGAUUAAGCUUUCAAUUUUUUUUUCUUGGUGUAGUUUCUCUCUUCUCUCCUAAAUUUUACUUGUAUUUCUCUGCAGAAACAAGCAGUGUGUUUUGGUAGAUACCAGAUGUGGGAUUUAAAAAUAUCAAAUUUCAGGAAAUGUUGGAUCCUAUUGCUCCUUGAUUGUGGACAUUUCAUAAUAAAUUGACAAAACUAUCUGUGUUACUUAUAUAUUUUAAAACAAAUUUUCA